AUGCAGACCGAAGACGCAAGAAAGAGGCGAGAUUUCAUCGAAUCUAACAAUCUCUCCAAAGUGAUCUGGGGCUACGAGCAUGGCGAUGUUGUAUGCGCCCAGUACCACCCCAAAGGACUAGAAGGCGGUAUGAUGGCUGAGCUGGAUUCGCAUGCCCCAACUAAGGAAAACCCUACGCCGCUAAAGGACCGCUUCUCGCCGUGGCAUGCUUGCGGCCCAGAUUAUGAGAGAUACUCGCAGGGCAUGAAGCGCACGUCGCAUCUCACGCUGGAAGGCUGCGUUUUGAGGCUCGCACCGGGUAAUAUGGGGCACGAGGCUGCGGCUAGACAGUGGGAAGAGGUGUUUGGCGUAGGGAGAAGUAGGGACUUGUUGGCUUUCACAAAUGCGAGGCUGGGGUUCAUACGGGGCCAAGAGGGAGAGCGCGAAGGUCUGGUGUCGGUAACGGUGGGCGUCAAUGGGACGAAGCAGUUUCAAGACAUUUUGGAUAGGGCGAGCAAGGCCGGUCUGUGUGGUGACGGAUGGAUCAAUAUAUGUGGGAUCAGAUGGUAUUUCGUGCUUACGGGCCAUGACCAGGCUAAGCUCUCGAUACACUACUUGCUGAAUGAGCGCCUCAUCCACGUAGAAGAUCAACUCUCGAUGCACCCUCUCCUUCCCAAACCGUCCGGACGCCAGAAGAAACCCUGGGCCGUACCGCAACUCCCCAAUCCUACACUCGCAAAGAUCAAUGCGAAAACCAUGGCUCCGAAGACGCGCUUGCAAAGGGCGUGCUCACCGCUAGAGAAACCACGUGUAGACUUGACUCACGCGUAUCUCAUGAAGUACGGCACAAUUCCGAAGUACUUGAACAUCGCGAGCACAUCGACUGGAACGCCCAACUCUCGCCCGAAUAUCUUUACGCCCUGCUCGGGUCCUCGCACCUCUGGCCCAAACGACGAGUUGAAAUUCGCCAUUUCUAUGCUCCCGUACUCCAUGAAGUACGGCACGGACGGCGCCCAUACAUACAUGUCAAACGCUCCCCCCAGCCCAAGCCAACUCUCGCUCAAAGACUUCGAAAAUGCCGCCCGCCACUACCGACUCUCGGCCCAACUUUACCAAAAUUCCGCACGGUCGGCAGUACGUCGUCGAACACCGCGACCCGCUUACCAUAAAGAAGUCAAUUCUCUGUAUGCCUUACCCUAUCCCUCCCUAAUACCAUUCAAGCUAAACCCCACAGCAAACGCCUGGGCCCUCUUCAGCAAAGACUACAAGUCUGAGGAACUCGACCAUUUCGACAUCAUCACCUCGAGCACGCCCACAGAUCGCUUCCAGAAUCAAGAGUGCCGGGCUUCGCCGAUCGUCAUCAACGCCACGCGACUUGCUGCCGAGAAAAUCAUCGAGAGGAUGGCUGAGUUCGCCAGCGUCAAGCCAACGGGGCCUGGCAGGGCGAGCGUGCAGGCUGCAAAAGCCGCCGCCAAUACUGCGGCCAACAAGACGAGCCCAAUUUCCAUCGUCAACAAUGAGGAAUUUGUCGAGAUGCCUCGCCCGGCAAAGCCAGGCCUGAAGCGUAGCGCCACAGACCCCCCCUCCGAGCACAAGGAGAAGCGCGUGCGUUUCGCAGUCGACGAGCGCAGUAGCACGAUGCUGAACGAAGAGCUGGAGAAAGCUUUUGUGCGAUACCAAGAGCAGAGGAGUGAAAUGCUUCACAACAAGGAGCGCGCCGCCAGAGAUGCCGACAUGGAGAAGCGAGACCUCGCAUGUGCAUCUGCUACCACGACCAACACUGGUGGACCUAUCGGCAGGUCACCUAAGCUCUUUGGUGAGAAUGAAAAUAUAACAUGGUCCGUAGGCACCGAGAACGUUCCCGAGAACGCGCCCAUCCCUGAGACUCCCUCCGACAAUGCUCCUACCGCCGAUGUUUCCUCCACCAGUAGCACUGUCCCCGCAGCACGCACUGGUGGCACGGGCGAGACCUAG